CUGGUAAUAUUAAAAUAGAGACUCAGAGUGAUGAAGAGAAUGGGCGUGCCUGUGAAAUGAAUGGGGAAGAAUGUGCAGAGGAUUUACGAAUGCUUGAUACCUCGGGAGAGAAAAUGAAUGGCUCACACAAUGGCCCAGGCAGCAAGGCUAUGUCAGGAGUUGGAGGCAUUCGACUUCCUAACGGAAAGCUAAAAUGUGAUAUCUGUGGGAUAAUUUGCAUCGGUCCCAAUGUGCUCAUGGUUCACAAACGAAGCCACACUGGAGAACGCCCUUUCCAGUGCAAUCAGUGUGGAGCCUCCUUUACACAGAAGGGCAACCUUCUGCGCCACAUAAAGUUGCAUUCAGGUGAAAAGCCCUUCAAGUGUCACCUGUGUAACUACGCCUGCCGUCGCAGGGAUGCCCUCACGGGACACCUGAGGACUCACUCAGUUGGCAAACCCCAUAAGUGUGGAUACUGUGGUCGCAGCUACAAGCAGCGCAGCUCUUUGGAAGAACAUAAAGAACGCUGUCAUAACUACCUUCAAACCAUGAAUAUCUCAAGCAGCCUUUAUUCAGUCAUAAAAGAGGAAACUAACCAGAGUGAAAUGGCUGAAGACCUGUGCAAGAUAGGGUCAGAAAGAUCCCUCGUGCUGGAUAGACUAGCAAGUAACGUCGCCAAACGUAAGAGCUCUAUGCCUCAGAAAUUUGUUGGUGAGAAAUGUCUGCCUGAUCUUCCAUAUGAUGCCACCACCAACUAUGAGAAGGAGAAUGAGAUAAUGCAGACACAUGUCAUCGACCAGGCCAUUAAUAACGCCAUCAGCUACCUGGGGGCAGAGUCCUUGCGUCCCCUUGUCCAGACACCACCAGGUGGUUCUGAGGUGGUGCCUGUCAUCAGCCCCAUGUAUCAGCUCCACAAACCUCUCGGGGACAAUCAGGCUCGCUCCAACCAUACAGCUCAGGACAGUGCAGUGGAAAACUUGUUGCUGCUUUCCAAAGCCAAAUCUGUCUCGUCCGAACGAGAUGCCUCUCCCAGCAACAGCUGCCAAGACUCAACAGAUACAGAGAGCAAUAACGAGGAACGCAGUGGUUUAAUUUACCUGACAAACCACAUAGGUCCCCAUGCAAGAAAUGGCAUCUCUAUAAAAGAAGAAAACAGGCAAUAUGAUGUCUUGAGGGCAGGUACUGACAAUUCCCAGGAUGCUUUCAAAGUGAUCAGCAGCAAUGGGGAGCAAGUGAAAGUUUACAAGUGUGAACACUGUCGAGUUCUUUUUUUGGAUCACGUGAUGUAUACGAUCCAUAUGGGCUGCCAUGGGUUCCGCGAUCCUUUUGAAUGCAACAUGUGUGGCUACCACAGCCAGGACAGGUACGAAUUCUCUUCCCACAUAACUCGAGGGGAGCACCGUUUCCACAUGAGUUAAAACUCCUCCGGCACAGAUCUAGCCUCAACAGCUGUGUUCCUGGAGCUGCACAAGCCACGACAGCAACAAAGCACAAGUCAGCUGGACAGUAAAAGUAACAAGAGAAUCAAACGUUCAGCUAUCUUCUCCUUCAAGAAAAGAGUUUUCAUUUUGGUAGCAUGCAUUGCAACUCAGUUUUAUAAAAUGAGUACUAAAGUUUUUACUGAAAAAGUUUGAUCACCAAAAACCAUUAGUAAUGUAAGUAGGAGCUUUUGUAGUCACAUAGCUGAAAGCCCUUCCCUUAACUGAUGCUUCUUGCAAACCUCCCUUGCCAAAACUGUUAACCAUGCGCAGGAUGCACCACGCGGAUGAGGACAUGACAGGCAGGAGUGGCCAAGCUUUCUUUCUUAACAUCCUGAGUGUAGGGUUCUUACACCAGAUGUGUGUUUUU